GAGCUGCAGCUUCUCAGCAUCAUCAGCAUCAGCACCGACAGAGACGUCUCCUCUCCAUCCACUGCGGAACAUCGGCCCUGCGUCCCCCCUCGCGUCCAGCUCGCCAUGGAUAACUCCGGCAAAGAGAAGGAGGCCAUCCAGCUGAUGGCCGAGGCCGACAAGAAGGUCAAGGCGUCCGGAUCCUUCCUAGGAGGGAUGUUCGGGGGGAACCAUAAGGUGGAGGAUGCCUGCGAGAUGUACGCCAGAGCUGCCAACAUGUUUAAGAUGGCAAAGAACUGGAGUGCUGCAGGGAAUGCAUUCUGCCAGGCAGCUCGGCUCCACAUGCAGCUUCAGAACAAACUGGACUCUGCCACCAGCUUCGUCGACGCCGGCAACGCUUACAAGAAGGCCGACCCACAGGAGGCCAUCAACUGUCUAAAUCAGGCCAUCGAUAUCUACACUGACAUGGGCCGGUUUACCAUUGCAGCCAAACACCACAUCACUAUAGCAGAGGUGUACGAGUCUGAGCUGGUUGACAUUGAGAAGGCUAUUGCCCACUAUGAGCAGGCAGCAGAUUACUAUAAAGGAGAAGAGUCUAACAGCUCAGCCAACAAGUGUCUUCUGAAGGUGGGCCACUACAGCGCUCAGCUGGAGCAGUACCAGAAAGCUAUCGAGAUCUAUGAACAGGUUGCCACCAGCACCAUGGACAAUCCUCUGUUGAAGUACAAUGCUAAAGAGUAUUUCUUCAAGGCUUCGCUGUGCCACUUCAUAGUGGACGAACUCAACGCCAAGUUGGCCAUAGAGAAGUAUGAAGAGAUGUUCCCAGCCUUCUCAGACUCCAGAGAGCUCAAACUGUUAAAGAAACUCCUAGAAGCCCAUGAGGAGCAGAACAGCGAGGCAUUCACGGAGGCCGUCAAGGAGUUUGACUCGGUGUCCCGCCUGGACCAGUGGCUGACCACCAUGCUCCUCCGCAUCAAAAAAACUAUCCAGGGAGAUGCUGGAGACCUGAAAUAAAGAAACUGUGGAAGAGGGGGGAGAGGGAGGGAGAGGGAGAGAGGGGGGAGAGAGGCAGCAAGGGCCAGACUGAGAAGGGGUGAUGUGAGGAGACGAGAGCGAAGAGGGAGGACAUGGAAUGGGAACAGAGAAUGACCGACAGGUGAGGGACAUGUUUAGUGUAAAGAGGGAGACAGAGAGAUGGUUGGAGGGGUAAAAUUAGUGAAAGGGGUUGGAGGGAGGGUUUGAUCCAUGGGGAGUUUUCAGUUGUACAUAUCAGUCUGCAUGUGACCCUGACAACACCUUUAAACGACCUUUAGAUCAGUCUUGACCUUUCUGUGUCCAUGGUCCAACAGUAUUGCUUUGUUAACACUGGAUACAACUGUACAAAACAAGUGUGUGUGUGUGUGUGUGUGUGUGUGUGUGUGUGUAUGUGUGUGUGUGUGUGUGUGUGUGUGUGUGUGUGUGUGAAGAUGUGGGCGGGUGUGUAUGUAUGUAUGUGUAUGUAUGUAAAUUGUAGUUGGCUAUAUUCGCUGGGACGGCGUGCAACUUGUAUCAGAUUUGAGGCUCUAUGUUGAAAAAAGAUGAUUAUAUUAUUUAUGAGAUUACUGAUAUUUAUUGUCAAUACUGAAGAUAUUAUUUAUUGUUUAUUAUGGUGCUCAGUGUUACGACUUGUCUUAAUAUGUUAGAUAUUAGCCCCCCUCCCUUCUCUUGUCCUUCCCUUUCCUCUCCUCUUUCAUCUUCUUCCUCCUCCUGUCCUCCUCCUCCUGCUCCUCUCAUCCUCUCCUCACCCACACUCGGGCAGCCAGUGCUAUCACUCCUUUUGAUUGGUUGGUUCUUUGUGUUCUGGCCGGUGAUUGGUCGGUACGGUCAGUGUCAGCCUCUCUGCUGCCUCAUAUGUGCAUGUCUGUUGUCACGUUAUUAUAAGUGUUCUCCGUGUCGUGCUAACGUGUGUAGAACAUACAUGUAGCCUGGUAUCAUUUGUGCAACAUCAGUAAACACGUACCUCAGUAAUCAAGGGUUGAAAUAAAAACAUCAUCGCUCCUGA